AGCAGAAUACCCAUAUUUUAUUUCUGUCAACCAAACCUGUGAAGAGGCAGCAGAGUGAACGUAUAUAUUUACCUACGAAGAAGUAUCUAUUUGGAAUAAUGCCAGAAUCACCCAGGAUGCUUUGCUGCCUUUUUAUGACUGGUUGUGCAAUGAUGCUCACUCCCAAUGGUGCACUGAAAUUCCUGAAUACCUCUGGCCUGGUGAUCAGCAAAGAAGAGGCCAGAAUUUCAAACCAUUUGGUCUGUGAGAUGUCUGGAGAUUCCAUUGCAGCAACUGGUGAAAAAUUUCUAAAACAAUUAAGUCAGUGCCAGCACCUGACUCCAGAUCAAAUUAAAGCAAUUCAACAAAUGUUCAGCAAUGGAAAUACUUCAUUUGGGCCCCCUUCUACAUGGACACCUUCUGUUUUGGAUCAACUGAGUCAACUGAUUCCAAACCUGGAUCCCAGUAUUCUGCAAAGUAUCCCUAAGAAUGUUUUAAUGCCUUGGUUACAAAAUCUCCAUUCUGAUCUGUCAAAAAAUCAGGUGGGACGUAUUAGGGAAAGCCUUAAAUCCUCCAGGACAAAGCGAGAGACUGAGUGCCCAAAGGAUAAAGUCAUCUCGGAGGAGAUACUAAACGAGGAGAUUGAUGAACUUGUAUCUUAUUCUCCUAUGGAUUUGAAAUUGUGCUUGACUAAGGAAAUCCUAGUGUACAAUCUUAGUGUGUUUUCAGAAAACGCUUUCACAGAUGAGCAACUGCAAGCAGUCAAGGAAAAACUGGAUGAGAUAUUUCCUAAAGGAUAUCCUCCUGCUGUAAUCAGUAACCUUGGACUCAUUGAAAACCUAAUAGAUGAAAAGAACAUCAAGGAAUGGACUAUCAAUUCAACAAUCACAGUUCGUGCUUUAUUGAAUUCUGUGUCCAGUGAUAAGCUGAGAAUUGCAGUUAUUCAGCGUUACACUGAAUCAGGAGCACAAACUGAUAGUGAUUUUCUGGAUGUGCUUGGGCCAUACGUCUGUCUCCUGAAUGAGGGCCAGCUCAGCAUGAUAACUGAAAGGAUGAUUAAGAUGGCCACUCUUCUUGACCCAUCCAAUUGCUCCUCAGCCAUCAAGGAUCAUCUCUAUCCAAAAGCCAAGCGGGCUUUUUCAGAUCGUCACUAUGAAUACAGUGAAUAUUAUAACCGGAUCAAGCCAUUUCUGGGAGGUGCUCCAGGUGAAGAUCUCAGGGCACUUAGCAAAAACGAUGUCAACAUGGAUAUUCAAACUUUUUUGGGCCUGAAAAGCAGCUCUCUAAUGGAAUUAACCCCUGAAAAUGUGAAAGGCCUGCUGGGCAGAAAUCUAAACAACCUGCAGGACAAACAGAAUAUCCCACUUAUACAAGAGUGGAUCCAAACGCGGAAGCAAUCUGAUCUGAACAGCCUUGGUCUGGGACUCCGAGGUGGCCUCCCUGAAGGCUUUGUUGUUCUUAAAAGACUCAAGAAGUAAGACUGAGUUCUGAAAAUGCAUCUUCGACUAUAUGACCGUUUGGCUUCUUGUUUCAACCGGGCAUCACCUAUUCAAGUUCAUCUCUGAAAGUGAAGAGUUCAGCAAACAAAAGUAAA